CUUUCUCUCUCACCACCACACUUCCUCUCUCCUCAUUCCUCUGUGUCUAUGGAAGAACCACAGAAUUCAGAGCAAACCCACAUUCCCAUACUCACAUUCCCCUCAAAACCAGACAAUGCCUCUGUCCCCCACAUCCCCACAGGAGAUGUCUCUCUCCGGCCACCCCACCAUCGGCGCCGCCGCAGCAGAGACCAACCCUCCACCGCCACCAGCAGGAAGAAGACAAAGACCAAGACGGUAAACGAAGAUGAUCAGAAAGUAGAAGAUCACGAGGACGAAGAAGAAGAAGAAGAAGAAAGGGAAGAGAUAGAGAAGAAGAUUGAGGCAUUACAGAGGAUAGUGCCAGGUGGCGAGUCCUUGGAAAUGGACAAGCUGUUCGAUGAAACUGCAGGUUAUAUAAUGGCGUUGCAGUACCAAAUCAAAGGCUUAAGAGCUCUCUCCAACUUGUUCGAGAGGUUAGAGAAAGAGAAGUCCAAACUCGGUGGUUGAUCAUCAUAUUGCUCACAACAGACCAAUUAGUUAGGUUUUUUUUUUUUUUUUACUCGUUUCCUUUUCUUAAAUUAUCGUUUGAUCUUUUACUACUUUUCACUGGGAUCAACGAAUAUCCGAUCUCCCAUCCCAAGCCUUCAAAUUAUUUUUUUAGAUUUUGAACAAGUUAUAGUUCUUACUAUGUUUUAACUUGUUAAUUAAGAAAAUUACAUAACGAGUGAUUGGAUUUAAGUUGAGAA